UGAAACGACGGAAGCCUAGCAAGGUGUGGUGUGCCGUCAGCACGUUUCAGUCUGAUGUAAACACGAAGCCCAGGUCGGGCUCCAGUGCACCCAACACCGUCGACGGGAACGGCCACGCGCGAUUUUCGUCGAGUGACCCUUUCGUCACGCGACACGCCUCGCCGAGCUCGUCGAGUGUUAACGAUCGCGCGAAAGGAUCCACGGUCCGAAAUUUAAUCCGUUAAAUCCGUUUAUUUUGGGCUAACGUGUGAAUUUCGGGCGAUUAAGAGCCGAACGGUUUGAGAUUCUUGUCGUCGUUUACGCGUACCAGUGUGGUGAUAUUUAGCAUCGUAGAAUUUUACGAGUUAAUUAUAGCCGUGGUGUUAACCGUGGUGAAUUUUAAUAGUUAGCUGAUUGACGGACAUGUGAAACUCAUAAGAUUGAUAACAUCGGCUUUGCAAAUGUCGUGUUUUUGCAAAACACUUGAAAGUAUUUUUAAUUAAUGAAUUGCUGAUCAUUAUAAGUGAGGUGAACUUUGCAAGCAAAUAGACUUUUAAAAUUUUUGUGAGAGGGACUUUCUAAAUAGACUUUUACAAUUUUUAAGUUGGUAACAUAAAAUUAUUUCUUUAAUCGAUUGCUCUAAUUUAAUAUUAUUUUUAUAACCGGCGCUUAUACGAACCUGAUACAACCUCGUUUAAGUGCACGUUGAACCUAUUCAAGCGAAUCGUUUGUCAACGUGAGCGUGACACACGCACUGAUUAGAUAAGAUUACCAUUUUUGUCGAGAACAUGAUCUUGCACGAUAUAUACAAUUUGUCAAAAUGGCAAAUAUUAGUUUCAAGAAAACGGUCAACGGAAUCGUUAAUGCGUUAGCUUUUUGCUGUAAACUGUACCGCUAAAGCUGUUUAUGUCGUUAAAAAUAUUCGUGCUAAGACAAAUUGUUCCAUAUGUCGAUAUUCAACAAUGUGACGGUGUAGUGAGAAUAAGUUAAAUAACCGGAACUGUGUCGAGCUAGUGACUUUGAUUUUCACAGAUCCUCAUGUUCACGGCACGAACUUCGCAACAACCACUCAGAGAGCUUGUAUCAAUAGAUUGCUUAAUAGGAAAUGUAAUUUAGCUAAGAACAUAGAAGGAGAAUUGUUGCGCAUUUAUUCGUCCGAUUUAAUCUACGUACGUAACGUUGUUGAGGACACAACAAUGCAAUGUGUAAUUAAAUUCGCGACGAAUAGGUCGCAUAAAUUCAUCAAAUCGCUGUAAGGACUUAUGUAAAACGCUAUUUCGUCAAUACGUGAAUUUCGGAACGAACAAACUUGCAGAUAAAACAUUAAUAAAACGGCGCGGUCGCCGGCCGUUCGUAUAAUUAAAGAAACAUCCUACCGACGAGUUGCUCGUGUAAAUACCCCUGCGGUCGCGCCCAGUGUCCGUCCGGUCUGCGGAGGGUGUGUCUUUCAUGUGCAGGCUAGUCAUUAACCACGACUGAGGGGACACAUUCCGCGUUGUCCUAGAGGGAUAAAGUUAACUCCGGGGCGCGUUUUGCUAGCAAAGUAAUGGCAGCCGUACACGACACAUACGAACGCGCGCUUGCCUUGUCCUUCGGAUGAUAAAACCCGUUUAAAGGUUUUUCUCUGUCCCUGAAAAACUGUGAGCUUACGCAAAUACGAGAAGUACAAUAUAAAUGUGAUUGGAUGUAAUGUUAAUUUAAAAUUAAUUGAUCAGUUAAAUUAAUGAAGUGAGAAGGAAGAUAAAUUAUUUCACAGGGUUGGAGAUACGUUUAUUUUGUAUAGAAUAUAUAUUAUUGAUGUCGUAGUACAAUGACAGUAUAUAUACAAAAUUAGUCGGGAUCAUUUCUUAUCAUCUUUUGAGCAAUUUGAUUGAAUUAUUUGCUUCUUAGGCGAGAAAUAUCGAAGAAGUUUUCGUAUUAUACGCGAUCGAAAAUAAUCACGUGGAACGAAUAGAUUGAACAAAGUCAAAACGGUAAGCUUUGUGUUUGAAACACAAACUCGCCUUCUUGAUGUUAGAACAAUGUAGAAAGGCUUGAUACAGGGGGAAGCGUUUGAACUUUCUACUUGCAUACGUUGCGAAUCGAUUUUGCGAACGUUGAUAACUUUAUCUCGAAAAUCUUAGUGACAUUCGCGGUGGUUCGCGAGUGUAUGUGUGUGUAUGUGUGUGUGUGGUGUAUCUGUGGAAUUCUCUGCGAGAUGACGUAAAAAGGUGCAUAUUGCGUGAUCUACUGCUCGGCUGGUUGCUGUUGCGUGUUUCUCGUUCUUCUACAACAUUGCGCAAUGAGCCUGUGGCGGUUUGGACCUUUUAAAGAUGCGAAAAAGCAAAAUGGUGCUGCUCUGCGAACAAAUAGUUUGGGUUCGGGUGCGAGAACGCCGCCCUUGGAAAGAAAAAGUAAAUUUUCUGCCCUCGGUAGACUCUUCAAGCCUUGGAAAUGGAAGCGGAAAAAGAAAUCGGAUAAAUUUGAGGCUGCUUCUCUAUCGCUCGAGAGAAAAAUCUCGGUACGUGCCAGCAGAGAUGAAUUGGUGCAGAAAGGGAUAUUGCUGCCCGUGAUACGGUCGACGUCGUUUCCGGAAAAUGGUGAGUAUGCAUUUUCUUUCUCUUUUAAUUUCUUCUUUUCGUACUUGUUUUCUGUUGUUCUGUAUUGCGUUUACGCUAUAUUUUUCAAAUUUGCUCGGCACCAAUCUUCUUCAAUGCCACUGAUUUUUUUUUGUCAAUAAUUAUUUCGUUGGUUGGUCGUUUUUUGCAUUUUACGUAGCAACUUUAUCUGUUUUCAAAUUACGUUCGGUCGUUUUCCAUUGCUGUCUUUCUCGGUACUUUCUUGUUAUAUAUGUUGAAAUUUGCACGCCAGACAGAUAUUUCCGAGUCCGUUUACCUGGCGCGCCGAAAGUGGUGUCCACCCCUUCGGCAAAUUGCACAGGAAACGAGAAACAGACUUGCUAGGGUGUCGACAACUUGCUGCCCAAUGGUGAAGGGUCGUAAUUGCGUUUUACAGUCGUUACCGUGUGGCAGACGCGAACUCAAUUUCCGCAGUUUCGUAACGACUGGUCCCAUACCUCGUACCAAAAUGACGCGAUUAAUCGUCCAAGCUGAUUCGUUUCUUGAAAUACAUUUAUCUCUUAUCAUUUGCAUGUUUGCAAGGCGGAUAGCAACGUGUA